AUGACCAGAGACAUCCUCAGAAUUUUCCCCACGUUUGGCAACCCUGUUACUACAAACACAUUAGAUAGGAGUAAUUUGGAAGAAAUGGAGAAGAAGUUAGCUGCAGUAGAGAUAUUGAUUUCCAAAUGGGACACAAAUACAACAAGCAAAAUGCUCUUUCAGAGCAAAUCAGAAGAAGUCCGUAUGUACAUGGAUACAGUCGAAAAUCUGCAACGCCUCCUGGAAUAUUUGUUCGCCAAUGGAAACAAUGCUGCCCAACUCAUCUGUGUGCAGCGGCUCAUUAAAAUGUCAAUGGCCCAUCUUCAGACCGAGUUUCACAAGAUUCUGUUAACUAACAGUGAACCCAUCGAUCCGCAACAGGAGUCAUCAGCCCGCCCGUCUUCUCUUUCGAGCACAGAGGACAGUAUCACUACUUCCUCAUGCUCUGAAGGCGAUGAUGAUUGCAGUAGCCACUGCAGCUCCAACUAUUCGUCAACAGACAGAACAUGCGAAUUCAACAUGGUUCCGUUGGACGCCGUGGUGGAUCUUCGAAAUAUAGCGCAGCGCAUGGCGAAGAGUGGGUACUCGAGGGAAUGUGUUCGAGUCUUUGCUCUGACCAGAAAGUCCAUGGUGGAAGAGAGUUUAUACAAUCUAGGUGUGGAGAAGGUGAGGUUUAACGAUGUUCAGAAAAUGCAUUGGCAGCUCCUGGAUGACAAGAUCAGGAACUGGAUAUGCGCUGCCAAAAUCAGCAUCCGCACUCUGUUUGCAAGAGAAAAGCAGCUAUGCAUUGGUGUGUUUGAGGGGAUUGACAAGAUGAGAGACUCUUAUUUUGCCAAAAUCGCGAAUACAGACAGGCUUCUCGCCUUUGCAGAGGCCGUGGCCGCCACGAGUCGGGCGCCCAAAAGAAUGUUCAGGGUUCUCAACCUCUACGAAGUGUUCACCGAUCCAAAGGAGGAGGAACCACCUAUAACGGUUCAACAACUUGGGGAGCAACCAACAUAG